GUCUAGCAAAACCCAUGGGAUUAGUUGAAGGUCCAGGAGGCUUGGGCCAGGGGGGAAUGGCAGCUACCCUGAGAGAUGAUAGCCAUGAAUCAGAAACUAAGUAUGAAGAAUAUGGUUACAAUGCUCAACUCAGUGACAGGAUAUCACUGGACAGGUCCAUCCCUGACUACAGACCAAAAAAGUGCAAACAGAUGACCUACCCAGAUGACCUGCCCCAGAUCUCUGUGGUCUUUAUAUUUGUAAAUGAGGCUCUGUCUGUCAUCCUGCGCUCUGUGCACAGCGUUGUGAAUCACACCCCAUCACACUUGCUCAAGGAGGUCAUUCUGGUGGAUGACAACAGUGACAAUGUUGAGCUAAAAUUUAAUCUGGACCAGUAUGUCAAUAAAAGAUACCCAGGUCUGGUGAAAAUAGUGCGCAACACCAAACGAGAAGGACUGAUCAGAGCCAGAAUCCAAGGCUGGAAAGCAGCAACCUCUCCUGUCGUCGGGUUCUUUGACGCCCACGUUGAAUUCAACAUUGGCUGGGUGGAACCUGCACUUACCCGGAUCAAAGAAGAUCGAAAGCGGAUCAUCUUACCAGCGAUUGACAAUAUCAAGUACAACACUUUUGAAGUGCAGCAAUACGCCAACGCAGCCCACGGCUACAACUGGGCGCUCUGGUGCAUGUACAUAAUCCCACCGCAGGACUGGCUCGAUAAAGGGGAUGAGUCAGCUCCCAUCAGAACACCAGCCAUGAUUGGAUGCUCCUUUGUAGUGGACCGAGAGUAUUUUGGUGAGAUUGGCUUGCUUGACCCUGGUAUGGAGGUCUAUGGAGGAGAAAACAUCGAAUUAGGCAUGAGGGUGUGGCAGUGUGGAGGAAGCAUGGAGGUGUUACCCUGUUCGCGCGUGGCACAUAUUGAACGCACAAAGAAACCCUACAACAACGACAUUGAUUACUAUGCAAAGCGCAACGCCCUGCGAGCCGCUGAGGUCUGGAUGGAUGACUUCAAGUCCCAUGUUUACAUGGCCUGGAACAUCCCCAUGGCAAACCCUGGAGUUGACUUUGGAGACGUUUCUGAAAGAAUAGCUCUACGACAGCGACUGCAGUGCCGGAGUUUUAAGUGGUACUUGGAGAAUGUAUACCCUGAAAUGAGGGUUUAUAAUGACACAGUCACUUAUGGAGAGGUGCGUAACAGCAAAGCCAGUGGCUACUGCUUAGACCAGGGAGCAGAAGAGGAUGACAAAGCAAUCCUUUAUCCAUGCCAUGGAAUGUCCUCUCAG